AUGGGAGGCUUUCUAUCUCAUUUGAAACCUGAAAACAAUCAAGAAGUUUUCAAUGCUACGUGUGGUCCAAUAAGAGGAAAUAUCUAUAAACAUGAGAAUAAAAUUGUAGAUGGCUACCUUGGAAUCCCAUUCGCAAAGUCUCCAAUUGGAGAACUCAGAUAUCAGAAACCUGUGGUUGCUGAUAAAUGGAAAGAGCCAAUCGACUGCUACAAAUACGGUCCAGGUUGUCCACAAUCUGGCGUUUUUGGAGCCACUUUUGUUCCAAAAGACUGUCGAGAGUUCGCCGAGGAUAAUUGCUUGAAUCUGAAUGUAUUUGCUCCAAGAUCUAACUCUACUGAAUUCCCAAAAGGUCUUCCAGUAGUUGUUUACUUCUAUGGAGGAGGCUUCGAAGUCGGGUUCUCUUCCAUGAUUGACGACUACUCUCUGUCUGGAACUCUUCCAUUGAGAGAUUUGGUCGUAGUAACUGCCAAUUAUCGUGUAGGUCCAUUGGGUUUCCUGACAACUGGAGAUGACGUUUCGAAAGGAAAUUAUGGAUUAUGGGAUCAGACUCUUGCGCUCAAAUGGGUCCAACAACACAUUUCGUCUUUCGGAGGAGAUCCAAACAGCGUCACUAUUUUUGGAACAAGUGCAGGCGGAGCAAGUGUUGAUUUUCUUGCAUUGAGCCCUCAUUCGAACAAAUUAUUCCAUCGUUUCAUGGCGAACUCAGGUUCGGCUUACUGUGAUUUCGCGAUUCGUCCGAAGGAUUUACAAGCAAAAAUUUUCAGAGAGUUUGCCAAGUUACAUGGAUACACUGGAGAAGACUCGAAGAGCCUGCUCCAGUGGUAUCAAUCGCAAAAGUCUGACAAGUUCAUUGAAAUCGAGAAGUUCGAAAGGGCAGCUUCUGGAUUCUUAUCAUUUGUUCCCAAUCUCGAUGGAGAUUUCUUCCCAAAACCAUUAGAUGAAUUGAGAAAAGAAGCUCCAAAACUAGAUGCAAUUGCAACUGUUGGAGAGUAUGAAGGGCUUAGUUUCGCAAUGGCAAACAAAAAUUUCGAAGAAACAAUAGACGUGAUAUUUGGUUCGGAUCUUGUAAAUGAUCCUGAAGGCAUCAAAAGAAAACUUUUGGAUUUGUACAUGAAGGAUGUUGAUGUUAAUGAUACAGCAGCUGUCACCAAGAGAUUAGUUGAAUUCGUUGGAGAUGCUUGGUUCAAUAUUGGCAUAUUUGAUACUGUAAGAUCCAGUGCCAAAUAUGGAAACAAUGCAUAUCUCGCGUCAUUCGAUUAUUUCAAUAAGGACAAUAUUAGUCCAAUGGCAGAAUCAUUACCAUUCAAAGCAGCAACUCAUGCAUCCGAAUUGAGAUAUAUCGUCGGAGAAGGUUUUGGAGAAUUCACUCCGAAUGAGGAGGAACUCAAAGUUAUGGAUAUGAUGGGAACAUUGGUUUCUAACUUCGCUAAAUAUGGAAAUCCGAAUGGAAAGAAUGGGCCGGAGGUCUGGGAGAAAUACAGUGCAGACCAUCCGGAUAGAUAUUUCAAAAUCGACUAUCCAAAAAGCGAAAUGAAGGAUCAUUUCCAGAAUGGAAGAAUGAAGAUUUUCGAUGAAAUCAAUGAGACCGGAGAGAAAUAUCAAGAAGUUAUCCAUGGAAAGAAAUUGUAG